CAUGUUUGGUGGUUAAUGUCUGCGGUGUGUGUGUGUUGUGUUUCUGCAGACUAUGUGAAGGGCUUUGGGGGAAAGUUUGGUGUGCAGACGGACAGACAGGAUAAAUCGGCGCUGGGAUGGGACCACCAGGAGAAACUACAGCUCCACGAGUCCCAGAAAGACUAUAAACGUGGGUUUGGAGGGAAGUAUGGGGUAGAGGUGGAGAAGCAGGACCAGUGUGCCCUGGGCUAUGAGCACAAGGAGAGCCUGGCCAAGCACGAGUCCCAGAAAGAUUAUUCAAAAGGAUUUGGAGGGAAGUUUGGUGUCCAGAAUGACCGGAUGGAUAAGAGCGCAGGCUCUUUCGAUGAGCUGGAGAAGCCGAGUCCAUCUUACCAGAAAACCAAACCUGUGGAGGCUGCUGGCAGCAACACGGGGAGCAUCAAGGCCCGCUUCGAGAACAUCGCCAAGCAGAAGGAGGAAGAAGACAAAAAGAGGGCAGAGGAGGAGCGAGCGCGUCGUCAGGCCAAGGAGAAGCAGGAGCAAGAGGAGGCUCGCCGUAAAAUCGAACAGACGCCCAAGGCCCCCUCUCCUGUCCCUGCUGCAAGUCCCAGCCCGACUCCCCCAGUCCUGCCUGCUGCCGCCCCGACCCACCGGAAGACAGAGGAACCGUCCUACGAUGCUGCUGAGGAGAACGGAGAGCAGCUGUACGAGCCGGAGCCACUGAGCAUCUAUGCAGCGCAGGAGGACCAGGAACUCUACGAGACCCCCGUGGAGGCUCAAGCAGCAGACGGCCAACAGUACGAGUACGGCGAGGACCUCGGGGUGACGGCGGUGGCUCUGUACGACUACCAAGCAGCCGGCGACGACGAGAUCUCCUUUGACCCCGAUGACAUCAUCACCAACAUCGAGAUGAUCGACGAGGGCUGGUGGCGAGGCGUGUGCAGAGGCGCCUACGGCCUUUUCCCAGCCAACUACGUGGAGGUUCGGCAAUGACGACGCCCGCCGAGAUGAGCCGCGUCCCUGUCCUUGUGCAAGAAAAGAAAAGAGGAAAGAAACAUUUUCAAAUCCAUGUUCCUUUCCGCUCUUUUGUCUCUUCACCUCAUCGUAGUGCGAGACAUCCUCAGGUCUCCUGGCAGGCUUUCUUUUGCUCUUUCUUUCCUUCUCCAUCCCUCUACCUACCUGUCUCAUUUUCAGAUCCCUUUGUUGGUCUUCGUGCAGCAGAAGACAGGGAGGAGGAGUUCUCUCAGAAUAACCAAGAGAAUUUAUAGCUCUGGGCUUAAAGAGGCACAAAGCUUUGCACUUCUGUCGUGUAAUAGUUAAAAGCUACAAAAUGCAGCGUGGCUGUUCAGGGCUCGAGGUGACUUAACCUCCUGCCUCACAGCCAGACGCUGCAUUUUAUUUCCUUCCAGAUACAGUAGAGUUCUGCUCACAAGGUGUUGAUCAAGUGUCGGUGCUUCUUCACACAUUAGAGAGGAAUUUUAGUCCCACCGAAGUAAUGACCGCAAUGAGUGUUGUGCGCAGGGCUCAGGGUGCUCACUGUUCAAUGGAAGCAAGGAGCGGUUAAAAGUGGAAAAGCACCCUCCGCUUCGGAUGAUAAUGAUGGCUAUAUACUGUCCAGCACAUCCAGUAUGGACCAAAACGCUGAUAAACCCCUUUUGCUUCUUGGUCUGUGUGCGUAAAUGUUGCAGUUUAAAUUCCCCUCCCGAUUGAAGCUGCGCUUGUUGAUUUUCAAAGGGAAACUAAUACGAAUAUGUUCUUCUCCUUCUGAACACUUGCAUCAGUUGUAAAGCUGACGUUCGAUCACAGAUGUCAAAGACUUUUACCGCUGCUGUGGCCAAUCACAAGCUAAACAUCAUACUGGUUAAUCACGCUUAGAAUCAUGUACAGAGAGAUGCGUUGAGAAAUAAGAGAUUUGAAGACAUUUUUGUUCCCCGUCACUGUGGUUUUCUUUGGAUGAGACUUGUGUAUUUGUGUCUUGAAUGCUCGGGGGGUUCACGAUAUGUUAUGCCGCUCUGCAGCACAGCUAACAUUGCUCAUUGUGACCAAACUGUGUGCGUGCUGACCUUUCAAAAUAAGUGAUUUAUCAGCACUGAGGGACGAGGCUUUGGUGUGUUCUCCAAACACUAAUUAUUUCUAUCAGACGGCAGGUCUGUGGAUCGCAGUAGUGUAGCGUUCAUUAAAUUCAUCUUCGGGGUUUUAUAAUAAAAAGUAAUAAAUAAUAGUGACCUUUUCAAAUGCAUUAUUUUUAUCUGUACCUCUGUUUGCUUGCGUCACAUCAUUACCUGCGUCUUCUUUUUUAGUUUCAAUAAAUAAACUGAAUUUUAAGCUUG